UUUACAGCUUGCUUUCGUCACCAUGUGGGGAUAUAUUGUGUUAGUGUUGGCAGUGGCUGGAGCUCCGGCAUUUGCCGGAGAUGAGCUGACCUUCCCUGAGGUUGCACGAGGCGCUGCCCGCAUCGUCUCAGGAUGGGAGGCACAAGAGGGCCAGAUCCCUCACCAGAUCUCCCUGAGGAUGGUGAACCCCGGUGGGGGUGUAUCCUCGUGCGGAGCCUCCCUCAUCCACCACGAGUGGGCGCUGACUGCUGCUCACUGCACUGCUGCCCGCGUCUCCCUGGUCCUCCGCUUCGGCACCGUCAACCUGACUCGCCCGGCUCUCAUCCAGGAGUCCACGGAGUACUACAACCAUCCCAGCUACAACGAGGCCUUCCCCGGUGUGGUGCAGCCCAAUGACAUCGGCGUCAUCAAGCUGAGGAGGCCUGUCGAGUAUACUGACCUCAUCAAGCCCGUGAGGAUCCAGCGCUCAGCCGACAAGGACAAGAGCUACGACCGCGUGCAGUUGACUGCCAGUGGCUGGGGGCUGCUCUGGACUCAAGCCACGUCUCCCGAGAACCUCAACUGGGUGUACCUGCUAGGCGUGGAGAACUCCUACUGUCGCGUGCGCUACGGCUUCAGCACCAUCAUCCAAGACUCUACCAUUUGCGCCAGCGCGUAUAACGUGUCCAGCCAAUCCACUUGCCAGGGUGACAGCGGCGGUCCCCUGACGGUGGUUGAUGUGGACGGCCAGCUGUCAGUUGUAGGUGUCACCUCCUUCGUCUCCGCUACUGGCUGCCACACUGACUUUCCGGCUGGUUUCAUUCGCGCCGGUUACUACCACGACUGGUACUACCAGCUGACCGGCAUCAACUUCGACUGGGACCCCGAAGAGGCUGGCAGCGGUGAAGGCUCCAGCGAAGGCUCCAACGAAAACUCUACCGAAAGCUCCAACGAAGACUCCAACGAAAGCUCCAACGAAAACUCCAACGAAAGCUCCAGCGAAAGCUCCAGCGAAAGCUCCAGCGAAAGCUCUAAUGGAAGCUCGGAGAGCACGAGCGAGGAAGACAAGUAGAGAAAGUUUUUGUAAGGAUUUUAAUUUCGAUUAAUUUUCAUGAAUAAACUGUUAACAACA